AUGCCGGGUGAACGAUCAAACACGAAUACCCCGUUGGGCAACGCCAACACCACCACCACGGCCCAGGCCCAGGCCCACUCCCCCUCCCCCAUCCAGCUCAUCUCCAAGAUCCCCUACAUCCUGCCUCACGAGCGCGUCUUCCCAAUCCAGAUCGGCUCCGAGCUGUACAAGCUCUCGGGCGCCUCGCUCUCAUCCGACGCACCAUCCUACUUCUCCCAAUACUUCCUCUGCCAGAUCAAGCAGGCCGAAGACGCCGGCCAGGACAUAGCCAGCGCCAUCCGCACCCUCUACAUCGACCGGGACCCCGCCACCUUCAAGGACAUCGCCCUCCACCUGCAGGGCUACCACGUCCAGCCCCGCGAUGGGACGCACUUUGUGCGCCUGUUCGCCGACGCCCAGUUCUACUCCCUGCCCAAGCUCAUCUCCCAGCUCUACGAGGAGUCCAUCUUCAUCUCCAUCGGCCACCGCGAGUUCCAGAUCCCCCGCGACUCCUUCUCCGAGCCCGGCAACUCGCCAAACUUCUUCAGCCUCGGCUUCGCCAUCUUCUUCAGCAACCCCUCGGCUGACCUGUUCCCCGGCCUGGACCGCGAGGGCCUGAUCCGGCCCCCCAGCAUCCUGCCCCCCAGCGUCCCCAACCGCAGCGCCGACACCUUCGCCGAGCUGCUGCACCUGCUGAGGGGCUACCCUGUCGACAUCCGCUCCGAGGCCCACCGCGCCGCCCUGCUCCGCGACUGCCGCUACUUCAACUUCAAGGGCGUCGAGCAGCGCCUCAUCCCCCACUCCAUCACCUUCAACCAGUCUCGUGGCAGGGACGAGAUAGCCCUGCGCCUCGAGGAUAUCCUCAAGUCGGGCAUAUCCGUCCUGCCCGAGCGCGUCGACAUCGCCGCCAGGGAGAGGGACAACUUCCUCGGCUGGGUCAACUAUGCCCGCCCCUUUGUCGACAGCAGCCAGCGGCCCUUGGAGCUGGUCCUCGAGAUCGGCGGCGACUGCACCCGCCUGCACUUUGACAAGGACGGCCCCGCCGGCGGCACCCGGCUGGAAUUCUUCCGUGAGGUCCGCACCCGCGUCACCAAGCUCUUCGAGGUCAUCGCCUCCAAGCUCAACCUCCCGCCCACCACGCAGCCCCUGGGCCUGCUGAUGGCGAGCGGCGGCGCGUCCAGCCAGCCUGCCACACCGGGCAACACCCCGCUCAGCGACGACCUGGUCAAGUGUGUCCUCGAGUCUGAGACGGCCAUCACCCUGGAUGGAGAGAGGUACACCGCCCACAUCCCCAGCAUGGUCGACCCUGCAGACGAGAUUCUUGACGGCGCCGGCAACAUGUCGGCGCCGUCGAGCGCCGGCCCAGCAAACAUGGACUCGCCGGCCAGCUUUGCUGGCCUGUCCUUGAACCCCCCGAGGAAACGCAGGCGAGUCGCCGAUGGCAGCGCCGUGGGGCCGGACGGGGGCGCAGGCGUGCCAAGCAGGGGCUUCUGGGUUGUGCGCACCGGCCAGUGGAGGUUGCGCAUACAGGCUGCCAAGAACGGCCGGAGCGCCGUGGAAUGCGUGCUUAUAGCGGUGAAACUGGACGCCAUGAGCGGCGAGCACGCGAGGAACGAGGCGAGGGGUUUCUUGAAAGGAUAG